AUAUAUAUAUAUAUGUAUACACACAUGGAGUUGGGGUUUACAGACCAUAUCACACUCCAUUCCUCUCUUCGCUUUCUUCUUCUUCUCCGAUUUGCAUAAUUUUUAGUGCAUCUAUUGGGUUAAUUAAUAAUUAUAAUCUUCAGUGCAUCUAUUGGGAUGAUUGAACUUAAGAUUGAUAGUUUGCAUAUAUUGUGUCAAUUCAUUUAAUUGGCAAUAGUGUGAUCUACUGGGUUAAUUAAUAAUUAUUAAUAUUAAAGUAUUGAUCUGUCCCCCUGUGGAAUCUUUUGUUCCAGAAUGAAAAUCAAAGAUGUUACAUGCUGGUUGUAAAUCUUAAAACAAAAUUUAAAUCUCACAUAUUGAGACGAAAAAAAGGAAAAACAAAAAUAAUGUUUUGGGCAUCUUACCUAGAAUUCCUUAGGUUUCAUCUCAUAAAGUUUUUCACUUUCUCUCGAAUUCUUACAGCAUUAUGUAUUUAAAAGAUUAAUGCUAGACUACUACUUGUAAGAGUAAACUACAAUAAAACAAACUGCCAAGACUACUUUAGCACUAGAGUUAGUAAUAUAAUUGUACCCCGCAAGUUGCCUAGCAAUCCAGAAUCACAAAAUUAAUUAUUUUUUGAUAUACCAAAAAUAAAAAUAAAAAUAUCAUUAAUGGUACAAACAUAACAAAGCAUAAGUAAAACUAUACUAAUAAUAUUUUAGCUUAAAACUGCUGCAAAAUUGAAAUUGAUCCAAAACUGAUUAUGCAACAAAUCCUCUGUUAUGCCCAUAAAUAAUUUCAAUCUGUCUCCUUUUGGUUCCCAUUCUUUGCAUCAAGUUUUUCUACAUGAGUUGUUGAUUAUAAUCUAGUUUUAUGAUCAUUUAUGGUAAAGAUUAACAUAUCUGAAAAUAGUAUUGAUGAGUUUGAUGAGUUCAAAUGUAACUAUUGUUGUGAAGUUUGAUGAAUUUGUUACUAUUGUUGUGAAGUUUGUCCAACCUUCACUAUUUUUGUUACUUUUUUUACUAUUGAGUUUGCUUUAUGGUAAACAUUAAAAUAUCUGAAAAUAGUAUUGUUACUAUUGAGACUGUGUGAACUGAAACUGUGCAAUGAGCAUUGGGAAUUGUUGAAACUGAAACUAUGUAAUGAACCUUCACUAUUUUUGUUACUAUAACUUGGCUAAUUCGAGAAGACUAUGUGACGCAUACAAGAUGGUUAUAAUAAAAAUGAAAUUACAAAACACAUUAAAGGUCAAUUUUCUUUAUUUUUUAUCGUCAUCUUUAGUGAACUUAAUUAAAAGUUAGUGUAUUUUUGUUUAAUUUUUAUUUUUAAGACAUUCUAAUCUAGAAGGAUCUAAAAUUAAACAAUAUCAAAAGAAAUUUUAAAAUUCACAAAUAAGUCAUUUAACCAUAACUAAAGUAACAAAUUUGAUCUCUCCAACAAUUCGGACAAAUUUGAGGAAAUUCAUAUUGUGGCUCCAAACCCUCUCCAUUUAUAUACACGAUGAAUCUUAUAUUUACACAUGACAUAUGUUUGUUGGAUUCCCAGAAUGAAAUGGUAUUGGUCACUUCAAAUUGGUGUAGGAACAAAUGGGUGCAAACGAAUUGUCAUUAUGUUAGAAACAUUUUAUUCAAUCAAUACUUCGUAGGUGCAAUGUAUUUACAAUUAGCUUACCAAUGAGGAUUUGGAUUCAAUUUUUCCUAAUUAAUGUAGAGGCAUGUCAUCCUCUAGUAACUAUUAUUCUAGUGGUGAAAGCUUCGACUUGAGGUAUGAGCCUUUGAAAUGUGAUUGUGGGGCUAAAAGUUGCCAUAAGGGUUACCGAGUCUGACAAGCCAUCUAAAGGGAGACUGUAUUUCAUUUGUGAGAAGAGAAAUAGUCAAUUUUGGAGGUGGUGUACCCCAAAAUCUGUAACGAUGGUAGAGAGGCUGAGAAACGAGAGAAUGCUUGAUCAAAAUCAAAAUAUGGAGAUUGUAAGACUAAAAGUGAAGAACCAAAUGCUUGAGAAAUCCAAUGCUUUGAUGAAGCAACUUGUUGUGGGUCUGCUCACGAUUUGCAUUGUUAUGUCAGUUGGAUUACUCUUCAAAUGAUGAUAGGUGCCAUUUGGAGAUACCCGAUGUCUUUGUGCGAAUGUAGUUUACCAUGAACUAUUGUACUAAGCUUUGUAAUUGUUAAUGUUGACAUAGUUGCCAUGUAUGGUUGUUUUGUAUUAAUCUAGGUGUUGUAAUGCAAGCACUGAUGAAUGAGUUUGUUUUAAAUUUUUUUUUUUUUGUUUCAUAGAAUGAGUAACCAAGAGGAAACACAAUCUCAAAAUAGGAAGAACAAGGGAAAAUCAAGUCAAUUACCAUUCGUUAAAGCCCAUUGGGAUACAAAAUCAAAAGAAAUUUUUAUUAAGCUUUGUGUUGAGCAAGUCAAGGUUGGACAUAGACCUGGGACACACUUAGAUAAGGUCGGGUGGGAAAAUGUCAUAUCUAAGUUUAAAAGUAUGACUGGAAAAGCAUACCAACGAAUACAAAUGAAAAAUCAUUGGGAUGUGUUGAAAAAAGAUUGGCUUUUAUGGAAUAAUCUGUUAAGGGGCGAGACAAGCUUAGGCCUUGAUACAUUGAAUGGACCUAUAUCUGCAUUCGAUGAGUGGUGGACUUUGAAAUUGGAGGUACGUGAAUUGCUUAAUGUACAUAUUUUGUUUGUUUUUAGUUUACAUACACCAAAUUUUGUUAUUUGAAAUUGUUACAUUUUCUUUUGUAAUUGUUGCAAAGGUAUCCUGAGGCUGCCAAAUUUCGGCGUAUGCUGUUGCAAUUCGCUGACGACUUAGACAUACUAUUCUCAGAUGUAGCUGCUACAGAAGAAUGGACAUACACUCUUAGCUCAGGGAUAAUGCCUCAGACUGAUGAGACGCCAGAGGAAUUUCAUACCUUACAUGAUGCUGAAUUUCAUGAUGAUAAUGAUUUGGAGGUGGUUCAUCCUUCCGAGUUAAACAAAAAACGAGCAUCAAACACUGAUGGUUCAUCAACCAAGAGCAAGACAAAGAAGAAAUUUACUGGUGCAGCUCUACUGAACAAGACACUUGAUCGUAUAGUCAAUGUGGUUGAGUCAUCUUCAGCAAUUUCAACACAGACCUCAUCAAGAUAUCCUUCAAAUGCAGAAUGUUUGGCAAAGUUGGAAAGCAUCCCUGGUGUGUCCCUGGAUGAUGAGCUGUAUGUAUGGGCUGCCAUAUUGUUCUUAGGAGACAAGCGUAGUGUGUGCUUUAUGAGUCUUCUAACGGAUAAAGUUCGGUUGAGGUUUCUAAAGUUGGAGAUUGAAAUGGAGAAGACCACCAUAGGUUAUCGCAGCUAAUUGUUUUUCAGAUGGACUGUUGUGUUGAACUCAUUAUUUUUUUUCUUUUAUUAAUAUUUUUGUUGGACUUUGAUGGAUAUUAUUGACUAUGUUUGACUUUUAUCAUUAAUAUUUGACUAUGUUGGACUUUGAUUAAUAUUGAAAAAUGUUGGACUUUUAUUAUUAAUA